AUGCCCGACUCCAUCCAGCCAUCGAGUAUCCGCACAGCCGCUCGCUCGCCCACUGGGUUCUGGGGCGCCCCGACGUCCACGAUCGACUGGUGUGAGCUCAACUACCAGUACAGUUUCUACGUCGCCGAGUUCUGGAACACCGUCAGCAAUCUGCUCUUUGUCCUGCUCGGACUCUACGGUCUCUACCGCAGUAUCAAGCUGCGCUUCGAGCCCCGGUUUCACGUCCAGUUCGUCGGAGUGAUGGUCACGGGCUUUGGCUCGGCCAUGUUCCAUGGGACGCUCCAGCACGUGUACCAACAGUGCGACGAGACGCCCAUGGUCUGGUCCGUCUUGGCGUGGCUCUACAUUGUGUACAACCCCGAGAUCGAGCAGCUCCCGAUGAAACACGCGAACGCAGUGGCCGUCGCGUGUCUCACGGCGCUCGGCGUCCUGUUUACACUCGUGCACGCCAUCUACCGCUUCACGACGGUCUUCCAGCUCUUUUUUGGGGUCCUGGCGGUCCUCGCAUGUGCGCGGCUGUGUGUGCACUAUACCGAGGUGACGGACCCCCGAGCACGAGCUGUCGCGCGGUCGUACGUCGUGUCAUCGCUCAUUGGCUCGACGUUCUGGUUCCUGGACUACCAUUAUUGCCAUACUAUCCACGGUCUUCCUAUCAACCCUCAAGGCCAUGCCUGGUGGCACAUUUUCAUGGGCAUUUCAUCAUACCAUGGUCCGAUCUUUAUGCAGUACGUGCGGAUGGAACAGCUGCAAAAGAAGGCGUACAUCGAGGAUGCUUGCUUGGGUAUUCAGACCAUAGCUGUGGAAGAAGACGAGUCAAGGAGUCCCAAGAAAGCCAAGCAAGUGUGA